AGCCUGCCUGCCUGCCUGCCUCCCGUGUGUUCAGGGCCCUCCCGCCCCUCCGGGACCGCAGCUGCGCCUCUCCGGGCCGCGUCGCACGAUGGGCUCCCGCGCGGGCUGAGCCCCGCCGUGACGGCCUGUUCCAUGCCCCUUGUGCAGGGCAGAAUUGCAGCAAGCGGUUGAGUGGUUCAUACCCUUGUCAGGGACCAAGGAGAACAAAAAUGAGUGGUGGGUUGGCACCAAGCAAAAGCACAGUGUAUGUGUCCAAUUUACCCUUUGCUUUGACUAACAAUGAUCUGUACAGGAUAUUUUCAAAGUAUGGGAAAGUUGUCAAAGUUACCAUUAUGAAAGACAAAGACACCAGAAAGAGCAAAGGAGUUGCCUUUAUUUUGUUUUUGGAUAAGGAAUCUGCACAAAACUGUUCUCGGGCACUUAAUAACAAACAGUUGUUUGGAAGAGUAAUAAAAGCAAGUAUUGCCAUUGAUAAUGGAAGAGCAGCAGAAUUCAUUCGCAGGCGUAACUACUUUGAUAAGUCUAAGUGUUACGAAUGUGGGGAAGCAGGACACUUAAGUUAUGCUUGUCCUAAAAAUAUGCUAGGAGAGCGGGAACCACCAAAAAAAAAAGAAAAGAAGAAGAGAAAGAAAAUAGUGGAGCCAGAAGAAGUUGAGGAGGAAGAAGAAAGUGAAGAGGAAGGUGAAGACCCUGCUCUAGACAGCCUCAGCCAAGCCAUAGCUUUUCAGCAAGCCAAAAUUGAGGAAGAACAGCAAAGAUGGACACAGACUGCAGGGGAAUCUUCAAUUUCAGAUGAUUCAAAACGUCCACGGAUUAAGAAAAGUGCUUAUUUCAGUGAUGAGGAAGAACUUAGUGACUGAAAUAAUACCGUUCUAAAUGCAUAUAUCAGAUAUAUAUAGUGUACAAUUUGUAAAGUGCUACAAAGUGAUCUGUAAUACAGGUUUGUUUUGAUGUUGAAGACAGUGAAAAUCAUGGGGUUGUUUUAUUCUGUCCCCUGAUUCUCCCAUCUUUUUAUAUCUGUGUCUCAAAACCUUUCGUUUCAAGGCAACUUUUUAAGAAAAUGAUGUAAUUAUACACUUAAAUCCAGAAAAGUAUCUGUGAGAGUGCGUCUUGCAGUUAGUGUCUAGACCCAAGUCCUAGCAGUGAAAUGUUUCAUGAGAGAAUUUCUUAAGGCUUUUUUCCUAAGAGGAGUUCCUCUUAGGAUGACUGUUAACACCACUGAUGCUUUAUGUGUUGGUCUGUUUGGAAGCAGUGCUUUAGCAGUACUUCAGUAGAUUAUGAAACUUGCAUUAGUUCUUCUGCAUAGGGUUGAAUUUCAGCUUUAGGUAUUGUCUUUUUACUCUUCAUGCAGUACUAUAAUAAAUUAUUGUUACAUCAA